CUGGACUGCUGCAGACUGUGACAUAUAAAAGCUGUUAGCUGCUCCUGUAGCCAGCAGCACUCAAACCUUGUAGAGUUUUGCUCUCUGAGAUUUGUAAUAAGACACACUCCUCUCACAAGAGUUCAUGCUACAACCUAGCAAAGAACUUUACAUUUUUGGAAGAAUACUAUAUUCAUUUUGGCUUUGUGCAGAGGCAAAGUAAACUCCUGGCCUCUUCCUCUCCACCUCUCAAAAUGAUAGCAAUCUCUGCCGUCAGCAGUGCACUCCUGUUCUCCCUUCUCUGUGAAGCCAGUGCCGUCGUCUUACUCAAUUCCACUGACUCAUCCCCGCCAACCAAUAAUUUCACUGAUAUUGAAGCAGCCCUGGAAGCACAACUAGACUCUGCGGAUAUCCCCAAAACCAGGCGGAAGCGCUACAUUUCGCAGAAUGACAUGAUCGCCAUUCUUGAUUAUCAUAACCAAGUUCGGGGCAAAGUGUUCCCACCAGCAGCAAACAUGGAAUAUAUGGUUUGGGAUGAAAAUCUUGCAAAGUCUGCAGAGGCUUGGGCAGCUACCUGCAUUUGGGACCAUGGACCUUCUUACUUAUUGAGAUUUUUGGGUCAAAAUCUAUCUGUACGAACUGGAAGAUACCGCUCUAUUCUCCAGUUGGUCAAGCCAUGGUAUGAUGAAGUGAAAGACUACGCCUUUCCAUAUCCCCAGGAUUGCAAUCCCCGAUGUCCUAUGAGAUGUUUCGGCCCCAUGUGCACACAUUAUACACAGAUGGUUUGGGCCACCUCCAAUCGAAUAGGAUGUGCAAUUCAUACUUGUCAGAACAUAAAUGUUUGGGGAGCUGUAUGGCGCCGUGCAGUUUAUUUGGUAUGCAACUAUGCCCCAAAGGGCAACUGGAUUGGAGAAGCACCAUAUAAAGUAGGGGUACCAUGUUCAGCUUGCCCUCCAAGUUAUGGAGGGUCUUGUACUGACAAUCUCUGCUUUCCAGGUGUAACGUCAAACUACCUGUAUUGGUUUAAAUAAGCUUAUCUUUUCCUCCAGGAAAUAUAAUGGUUUCUGGGAAUCAUAGGCAUAUAUAUAUAUUGAGUUUUGCACAUAUUAUACAUAUUUUAUCAUAAUCUUGUUUUCCUUUUAUUAUUCAUUGUAAAGAUUAGUGUUUAUCUUGUAUGUUUGUUUAAUCCUUUAAGGUAAUCAAACAUCCAUUUCUAUUUUCUGACCUCUAAGUCUAAAUUAAAAUACUGUGUAUGUAGUAUUGACAUAGUUGAUGCAUCCAAUUCCAAAGCUUGUUUUCCAAAGAAAUUAUGUUACAUUCCUAACAAAUAGAACAUAUAUUUGGCCUACAAAUACACAUACAUACAUAGUUUGAUUUUGUAGUUAGCUUGGAGGAAUUUUUUAAAAAUCCUAUUCUAAACAAUAUGUUAGGUGGUAGGAUAUCUCCUGCACCCAUUUCUUUAAUAUCCCAAAACUGAUCACUUGCAAACUACUAAUAAAACUCCAUGAUAUCUAGAUAUAAUAAUUUAAUUAAGAACCACAGAUUUCAUUAUGGAAAUAUUUUGUUUUAUUUGGGUCCACCAAAAGAUAUUCUCAAUUUAUGUAAGGUUGAACACAUUUAUUUUGCUUAACCUCUUUUAUUGAACCAGUAAUCAUGUGUGGAGUGGUUAUGAUGGGCAAGGCACUCUGCUAGUUAUGUUCUGAUCAUGCAAGGAUAACAAGACAUAAUUCCUGUCUUCAAUAAGCUCACAAAAA